CGUCACCAUGUUUGUUUAAAAGGAGAAGGUGCACGGUGCUUUUAUUUCUACGCAUUUCGGAGCCAAUUACAAUUUUGCCAUUUAAUUAUUGUGGUAGUCGCUAUGAUACGUCAACCAUGUCGGUCAGAGUCUGGUCGAAUGUGGGUGAAUCUCAAUACAGGAAGGAUGGAAGCAUUGUCAUAAUUCAACUUCGUGAUGCUAAUAUUAGGGCUGAAUAUAAAAUCACUUUGUCUGAGCAUAUCGUUGAUACUUGGGAAAGAUGCAUGAGGAAAAAUCCCACCUUAAUUAAAAAAUACUGGUGCAGCUGUGGCUUCACUGAAAGUGUUUGUGUCCUUCAGCCUGACAGUGCGAAAAUUUUGCGGAGUAAUUUUCAAGGUCUAGAGAAGCUUUUGGAUGUUCAUAGGAGACUGUAUAAGGUGAAAUGUCCGAAAUGUUCGGAGUCAUGUACUGUUGACUAUGUUUACAAUGGCCUCGUUUUCGUUCAACUGAGCUGUACCAAAUCUUUGGGCCUGCCAAAAAAAUGCCCACUGAGUCAAAUUCAAAAAGAGUUGGUUUUCAAAGAUCGUCACAGGUUGACCAGCGUUGUUGUGCAGAACCCAGACGGUGUGUAUAUUGUAUUUUAUAGGAGGAUGGAUGGAACUUGGAUAUUGCAGUCGAAGCUUUUCCAGCCCUUCCAAGAAUAUCCUGAGUCAACCAUCGUUCAACCCCACGGGGCACUUUAUGUACUUCUCGAAGAGCCUACGUGAUUAGAAAUUUCCUAUUUUCUUCGGGUCUUCUUAAAAUUAAAAAUUUAAUUAAACUUUAGGUUCAAUUUCGAAAACAUUGAAAAUAUUCCAAGACUGAUAGAAGAUAUUUUUGAAAUAUUUUUAUUGUAGUUAAUAAAGCUUUUCUUAAGUAA